AUGGCCCUCGUAGAAAAAUCGUUUCUCCCCUUGAAUGCGUUGAAUGGGGUUCGCGCACUUGUCUCCUCGUGCGCAGGGCCAAUGCAGCCAUCCUUUUCAGUCUCCUCUCACAUACCACACAACUCAAUCCCAGCCACCAAUAACUUGAGUACGACUAGCCUCAGUUUACCCUCCCUCAAAGACGUCCUUUUCAACGUCGGUCUUGCACAACGGCAGCAAUCUACAUUACCUGCUUAUACGCCAGUCAAUAGAAGUUCGAAUGCCGUUGUUCCUAUCGCCUCCCAAGAGGUCGAGGUGGAUUUCUCAGCCGCCAUUGGCGCUCUGAGUAUUGUGGACCAUGAAGAAAACCAACCUCGAAGUCGUCUCCCUCAGAGGACAAAAGCAAAAGCGUCCAAGAGGGGCCGGCGCGACGCUCCGUAUUCGUUAGGCUUUGAAUCGGCUUUUGAUCCUCACACCUACGGCGAAGACCUGGAGAUCCAUUCGCACUAUCAGGAUAUGCCUGUUGUGGGAGAUCCUCCCCAGCAGACUCGUUCCGCUGACCGAGUUGCCGUGACUCAGGCAACACGAGCUCGCAGACGCGCUACAACUCGAGAGACAUAUGAUCCUGAGUUGGAUCUCAAGAUAAUCCGAUACAUUGAUCUGGGCGACUUAUGGGACCUAAAUGUCGUCCAGACUGGCCGUUACGAUAGGAAAGGUACAGCGAUCUACCGUUGCUUGAACCCCGACACCAAGGCGCCUGGAAUGUGCAGUUAUCUGGCAGCAAAGCAGACCGUCAAGCGGCAUGUCCACACCGUCCACCUGGAGCUACGCCCUUACGUCUGCGUUUUUCGUGAUUCAGUCACUGGGGAACCCUGCAACGCUGCUUUCAGUCAAAAGUCUGCCUUCAAAAUCCAUCGACAGAGUGUGCACACCCAUGAACAAAAACAUGGUUGCCCUGUGUGUGGCCUUAUGUUCUCGGAUCCUUCUAAGCGGAACAAACACCAGGGCUUUAAACACCCUGAAGUCGAAACUAAGAAGCGGACGAAGAAUCCCUACGCGGCGCUUUUUGAUUCUGAAAUUCACGACGCCAAUGCCCCGGAGGAUGAGGGGACGUCGACGAGCCCAGAUAAUCCCAUUGAGGUGUCCUAG